GUGUAGCGCGCAAUUGAAGUGCUGUGUUUUUUUGUGUAGGAGUUGUUCUUUGUGCACUUUUUGAUUGAAGACGAAGUUUCGUCCUCACAGCCAUCCGGCGGACCGACACCUGAGUUACUACUUGCAUACAACUUCUUUUGUGGUCAACAUACUACCUAGAUAAACGAAGCGAGGAGUCGUGUGAUGUAAAACUAAAAGACGACAAAAUGCUUCUAGAGUCGCCAGGUGCAGCACCCCCAUCGACGUUUGAAGCCGCCGCCGCAGCAUCUCUGAAAAAAAUUUUAAUACCGAGCCGGAGGACUUCUGUUGCAAAAACUUCACGACCGAGUCGGCGUUUCUUUGAUGUUUUGGCGCUGUUGAGUGUGUUGCAGUUGGUCUACCUUUAUUUAUCCGAUACAACUACAAGAACCACUCUGCUCGCCUCCGAUCAAGCGUCUUCUUGUUCUAUCACGACACCGGGGGUGGCCGCGACGAGGCUCUCGGGGAAAAAGAAAGGCGGGAAGAACCAGCGAUCCUCGGUUGCGGCUUCCUGGAUCACGAGGGCCAGUUCAUCCGGUUCCGCCAAAAGACCCGGCGGAACCUCGGAGGAUGCCGCAGCGGGCUCGGACUCCCCGGAGCAGAAUGCAGGGGACGAGGAGGCUGGUUGUACUAUCAAAAGCGCAGAAGGUAGUUCUUGCACGACUAGAAAUGGUUCAACAUCCGGAUCAUCUUCCGCGGCUACCGGUCCGGUGACGGCUUUGCUGAACCGCAUGACCGCCUCAUGGACGCUGAAGGGCACUACAGUAUUACAAUGAAAAAUGCCCCCACGACCCCGGAAUUUGCAGAAGUUUGUUAUGCAAAGUUUCAAAAUGAAAGCUUUUUGUCUUGCAUGAAAGGAUUGCGAGCUUUUCUGAUGCAGAAUCUAGUUGCGCAAGGUGCCUUGUGCAUAACAGAUCCGGCUGCUGUUUGGCCCCUUCGCAACACAAAUUCGAGCUAUUCAGCAUGGCAAGUUUGUGAUGCUGAGAUAUGCAAGACGGGAAAUGUUUCUAUUGGAAAGGUUUCUAAAUACAAUACAAAUGCUGCCAAGUGUGGGGUAGGGCGGGCAUUUUUCACGGUAAUAGACGAGCACCAGCCGGAGUAGCAGUUCGGGAAACCUGCAGCUGCGAACGACCGACGAGGACGAUGGCGCCGCAGCGGAAAACGAGAGUCCGCAGGACAAGGACGAGCAAACGAACCCGGAACUGCAGGAGCAGAAAACCUGGUCGGAGGAGGAGCACCAAGGGCUGGGGUACACCGGCGAUCCUUACGGGGACUACUUCGCGGAGCAGCGGCGAACUACGGGCUUUGAUGCUGCACGACGAGACUCCCCCCGCGGCGAUGACGACGACGAUGAAGCCGUGUCAGAGGUCGCAACGGGAGAGCAAGUGGAGGAGCUGAUCAGGGACGACUUUCUGCUACCCUAAAUGGAAAAUCGCGGCUAUCUGAUCUCAUUAUUAUUCUUCUCAGGAGCUGCGCGGCGGCCUGAAGUAGUUGUAGUUCGCCACCAAUUACUAGUACUUGGAGUGCACAAGAAGCACAGAAGAUUUUGCGUAGACAAUUUUUCAUGGUGUUUCCAUUUUUGCAAAUCAAAUUCUUAUUGCAAAAAAACAACAAUGAAGAUGAUCUGGAUGAUUUUGAUUUUCCACUAGGAUAACGCAAAGAAGAACGAGAAGGAGAACCCGACGACGAAACUGAUUCUGCAGGAGCAGCCGUUUCGGGCGAUUUGCACUUCGGGGGCAGCGGGGCGAUGGUUUCAACGUCAUCCUCGAAAGCAGCAGAACCGCCGAAACAGGAGUCGAUGACAACUACAAAGCAGUUUUGCAGUAAGAAGGGCUUUACAACCGGUAAUAUGACUGCACCCGCAGCGGCAGCUGGCGAGAAAAAGAAGGGAGUAGCAGGAAACAAGACUUCUGCAACUGCAGCUGUGCAGGAGGAAAACGAAAAGCAGGAGCUAUCAAAUGCAAAAAUGUCUGGGUCUGGAAGAAUGCGCGAUUUGUCAUGCAGCUUUUCCAUGACCCAUGAGGUUUGGAAUGCAGGACCUAGCAAGACGGAUUCUGUGCGAUCUCUCUCAUGCCUAUCGUGCAUGAGAAACUCCCUUCCGACUUGGUCAAAACUGGAAGACUUUUGGUAAUCACGCAACACAGAUUUUUGCAUGCUUCAGAUUUACUUAGCAUGACAACUUGGAAUCUUCCAGACCCAGACACUUUUGCAGUUGAUAGGAGCAGCAGUUACACGACACAGGAGUAGUACUUCUGCAACACGCUGACGCAGACCACGCGGGCUCUGAUACUAGCACGCAGAUGAAAGUAGAUCAACUUCUUCCCGGUGAGGAAGGUGUGGCACGAGGAGAAUCGGCAAUAGGCCAGCCUUCGGACGGUUCAUCCCCACAACAACCCCGUCAUAAAGAACUACUCGUAGCAUCGGAAGGCGGCAGGAAAGCAACUGGAAGUAGAUCUCAUGACCGACAAAACAGCACAGCAAGAGCGAGCACCAGUCUUCUACUUCCCACUUCCCACCAGCGUCUCGUGCCGGUUCCGGCGGACCACAUGCACCCGCUGAGCCCAGCGAUGUCGGCGAUCGGCGGCCGUUAUGCUGUGCAAAAGUAUCGUACUCGUAGUAAUCGCAGUCAUGCAUUACAAAUCUCCUUGUUAACCUAAAUCCGCAAUACAAAUUCCACUUUUCGGAUUUGUCAGGCGAUUUCUACUUACUAGUACGAUGCUUUUGCACAGGAUAGCCGCGCAGUGCUUCUCGGCGGGACGACGAGUACGCGAGGAACAACAACAGCGGCGGCGGGGGGAACUACUCCUGGUGGACAAAUGGGUCGUUGUUCAACUACACCAGCGUUGGCAGCGUCUCCGUCUUCUUCUCCAGCGGCAGGACGGACCGCCACAGCGGGGGGCGCAUCUCCUACAAGUGCAGCAGCAGCCGGUGGAACAAAGAGGUGGAGUCAACAUCAGCAGCUUCAGAAGCCCAUAAUACAGGUGGUGGAAACGGGGAAGCCGGACUUGUACUUUACCAGCGUCGCGGCAUUGCAGGAGGAACUGAACAAGCAGAACGACCAAAGCUCAUUUCACGCUCCACGACCUUUAGGUGCUGUUCACCAGACCAAGACCGGUAUUGACAAGUUCGAUGCUCGUUUAGAAGUAGCACAAGAACUACUGCGACCAGGAGACGGCGGCUGGGAAAAGUAUGCAGGGAAAAAAGUUUGUAACUGUGUUAGUGGAGCAGGUGUUUUGGAGAAGUGCUGACAGCAUGACAAAUUUGCUGUAUAUUUGACAGAGAAAUAAGCCUGUCACACACAGCUAGUACGCCGUGACGGCACACAUGAAAUAAAGAGGACUGCAUGGCUGGCCAGCAUGACAAGCAGUGGAACUGUGUUGCGUACUUUGCAUGACAAACUUUACACAGUUUUUUUCUUCUUGCAUAAAAAAAGUCAAGAUUUCAUUCUGAUCCACGAGGACCUGAAGGAGCGGUGCGAUGGACAAGGUGGAAAGGAGCAUGGUGAUGGUAUACUUAAUGCAGGAGGAGAGCAGAUGCAGAACCAGAACACGCAUAACGACCUGCAGCUGAUCAUGCGGAAACUGGUAUGAAUUGCACAAGUAUCGCUCUAGUGAGGAUUGCAUAUACAAAUUUGCCCAGCAUUACAAAUGUAUAUUUGUAGUGCGGAUUUAUCUUGAGAGCGAUGCUUUAGCUUGGCAUACCUGGUUUCUCUGGAUGACUUAGCGGACGAGCUGGACAACAUCAAAUCUGGCGGUACAACAUCAGCGAAUCCCGCGAUGAUGUUCAAGGGAAGUAGAAGCAACGCAGCAAACAAAACCGGCUUAACCACGGGCGAAGAUUCCCUCGGGGGUGCGGAAGUCCUAGGCGAGCAACGUGGAGGCCUAUGCUCGUUCCAGUCGCUUUUGCCGCGAAGCGAGAACAUCGUGCUCCGCAUUCUGCGUUUCCAGGAACCGCUGCGAGUCAUUCACGUGCGCGGAAAGCGCCCCAGUCUGCAAAAUUUACCGCCGGAUUUGCGGGAAAGCUACUUGGAAGACGUAGAGUUAUAUUGGAUUGCUGUUUUGUUAGUAAUUGUUUAUCUUUUUGAUUUUGCUUUUUCAAGUAAGGAUAUAUGUGGUCGCUCCUGUGCUCCACGCGGCACCUGUCUCGUCUGCGCUCGAACGUGCGACGAUAGAUUCAGACACAUCACACGACAGAGGUGGCGAAUAAAACACACACUAUCUUCAAUAGCUCCGUCACCAGCAGGAAUUGUUUUCAACCGGCGCAGGAGGCUCAUCUCUCUUCAGUACUGCGCGACCAUCUUCCGGCCACUUUCAACACGGCGCCAGCACCGCCGACUUAACGCCCAGCUCUCCCCUGAUCCGUGCGGCUUUCCCCAAUGUCGUUCGGUUGUUCUCGUCUUUUCUGCCCACGUAUGAAACCUUUUCUGCCGGUGGGGCGCUGAGAACCGGCGGACAAAGAACUUCUUCACGUGGUGGGAGGACGACCGGGGGUGGCGGUGGCGGAAGUAUUUCGUCAUCGUCUCAACGAGACAGUAGCCGAGUUACAACGCUUCGCUGGAGCCCCAACGGCGCCGUGGUGCAGAUGACCCGUGGGGGCAACGUCCUCGAGGAAGUCUCGGGUCGUGCGCAGAUGAACAGGCAGAGCUUCACCCUGACCGACGCGGAGGAUAGCUUUGACGAGGAGGAGCAAACGGUUUUCGGCGCGUGCGCCGCCGCGGGCGGAUUGACGACCUCUGCCGGGGGUGGGCCACUGGUGCACAGGAUUCCUGGAACGUUUGAUCCCGCAGAAGCCCUGGAGGGGUUCGAGCUCGACGAAUCGAGCGACGAGAUCAUUUUGGAUGAACUGCUAUCAAAUGGAAAUUAUAUGUCUGGGCCCUCUGGAAAUUCGUGAUUGUGAUGCGAGCGGAGGUUGGCAGUAACGAAUGAAUCUAGGACCGUCUCAAUUUAUUUCGACGGCCAAGCAUGACAAAUUUUUGAGUCGCUAAAUGUUUUUUGCUAAAAUUCUGCAUGGCAAGCUGCGUUUCUGCAUGACAGACUUGAGAGUUGUGCUGGCCGAGCAUGACAAACCUUGCACUUCUUUCACCCAGACCCAGACACAUAUUUGCAUAUGCAUAACAGCUGCAGACACGCUUGAAACUGAAGCCGAUUUUCAAGUCCUUGGAGGAAAAAAUCGUCACGACUUCCGGUAGCUCCUCCACAUCGUCAGGAGCACUUCUAGGAGCUACGCCGGCGAUGAUUACAUCACAGAAAUUUGUUCUACCCGGCAGGUUAUGGAUUGCAAAAGUGUCUGGGUCUGGAAAAGUGUAAACUUGUCAUGACAUGAGGUCUGGAAUGCGGGACUUAGCAUGACAGACUCUGCGAGGUCUCUGCCAUGCCUAUCCUGCAUGAGAAACUCCUUCCAACGUGGUCAAACGUGGACAGCUUUUGGCUCUCAUGCAACACAGAUUUUUGCAUGCUUCAGAUGUACCAUGACAAGUUGCCGCCUUCCAGACCCAGACAUAUUUACAAUUGAUACAGGUCCGCCUCCUCGUCCUCUUUGCACAGCGCAUGCUCCCGGUCGCCUUCCCCCUCGACCACAUCGGGAAGCUGUUAUUCAAGAAAAAAACACCAUCACAAUCACUUUUGAUGCACAUUUUUGCAAUACAAAAAUUUUUGUCAUGCGCAAAAAUGCAUCACAGUCAAGAGCUAGCGGGGAUUUCCCUUUGUGUUUUUGCAAAAAAAAUUUGUCAUGCAAGAGAAAUUUCUGAUGCAAAACCUCCUAAGUGUGAUGGCGUUUGUAAUGGUGUUUUUUUCUUGGAUAGCUGUGGCGGUCGUGCUAGAGCGACCAGGCUCGGGGGGGCUUCUGGUGCUACCCCAGUUGUCACGAAGACUCGCAAGAUGAAGUUCACGAUCCCAAGAGAGCACAAAUUGGUGCUCCUGUUUACCGCGGAGCUCUUCCCUAAAGUGUCUCGCUUGGUGAAAACGAAGAAGAUCUUCUUGACCGAGCGGCAUGGCCGACAGGGGGAGGAACAGAAAGCGUUGGCCGGUACUAUAUAUGGAUUCCAUGUUGUACUUACUCACUUAUAGAUACAAAAGUGUCGGCUCAAAUAUGCGAGGCCUAGCAUUAGCUUUUUCUCAAUAUGGCCCGGACAGAUCGUUUUUUUUCAGGUCGUUCGAAAAAUUUUGAAUACGUAUUUGCAUGAUCGCAAACGAUAGUCGUUUUUGUGUAGCUAAACAUGUGUACCAUAGAUAAUCAUCACGAACUAGCUAGUGUGAAUACAAAUAAACGUCAUGAGCUAGCUAGGUAACCUCAAGCUAUCUAGUCUUGUGGAUUCGCACGAAUCCACAAGACUAGAUAGCUUAAGGUUAAGUAGUUCACAUGUGUAGCUACGUAUGUGCUUCUCUAGUUAUUAGCUAGUGAAUUAGCUAACACACUCAUACAAAUUAGCAGCUCAGAAGCUGCACUUCAUGCAUUCAAAAGAGCUAUUCAAAAUUUUUCGAACUAGUUGGAAAAAAACGAUCUGUCCGGGCCAUACUCAACGUGUGACAAAGAAACUUGGUAUAGAUUUGUUUCCGUUUUACAACACUGUUCUUGAGCAACACGCAAUGAGCAUCGCCAGAUCCUCACUUCAACAAGUGCAGCCCUCUACUGCUCCGUGAACAAACAAGAGUACAGCAGCAGGCAUACACGACACACUACCGCGGUAGGACGAGGCUACUUCUGUGCUGAGUACAGUCCAAUAAACGAUCAAAAUCGAAACCCACCACAGCCUCCUCUCAAAUGAGAGGAAGUAGGCAGUACCACGGACGAUUACCCGGCAGGGUGGCGGUCGAUAACCCAAAUGCCGGGCGGGAACUUCACAUAUGCAUUGCAAAAAUGUCUGGGUCUGGAAACUUGUAAUGCUAAAAAUGAAUGAUAGACGCACUGCAAUACGCAACUAUGCAUGACAAAUUUUUUGGCUACCAAUGUCUUACGUAUUCCGCAUGGCAAACUGCGUUUUUGCAUGACAGGCAAGAGGGCUUUUUCGUGCCUAUGCAACACAGAUUUUCGAGUCAUGCCAGACAAGCAUGACAAACUUGCAUUCUUCCAGACCCAGACAUUUACAUUUUUACAAUUUGAUAUCACACCUACGCCAACCACUCACCGGUAGACGAGGAGGAGCUUAGCCUGGUCUCGCAAAAGGAUCUGCCGGACAGCGCCGCCGUGAAGGAGCUGACCGAGGAAGAUAUGCAUGGCAAAAGUCUUAUAAUCUGACUAGUUACGUAGACUUAAUUGCAUGACAAAUUUCCUCAGAAGGAAAAGUGGAACUUGUGAUGCUGAUUCAGGUAUAAAAAAAAUUUUACAUUUCCAUUUGUCAUGCAGUGCUGCAAUCGGUACUACGACUACGAGUGUCGUGACGCAAGAACUUUUGCACUGGAUAGAAGAGCAGGCGGCCUUGAUCCAAGAAGCGGAGCUGGAGCGGUGCUGCUCGGACGAGCCCGAAGCAGGAGGGGACGAAAUACAGGGAGAGCGACACAAGGUAACCGGAGAUGAAGCUGAAGAAAACCAAGACCGUCGAAGAGAACGCGAGGAGAGCGGCGCGCGGGAUCAUGUAUUCUAUUCAGGUGCACAAAACGAAAAACAACAUGGUGUCAAUAGCGACACUGCAAGACAAGCUGAUGACGUCGGUCAGUUGCGUGAGCAGGAGCAGGAGCACAACCCCGAAGCAGACAGCGACGACGACAACCUCCAAGGGUUCCUGUUGGAAGACUACCUACCAGCCGGUCAGGGAGGAGAUGACGAGGAGCAGGUCGUGUUUCAAAUGCUCGAGCAGAACUCGGACGAGGAGGAUGUUGGUACGGCAUCAAAGACGAGAAACAACACAGGGCUACUCCUGCUGCACGAGGACCCGCAAGAGCCGGAAACAGCGGCAAAUACGGCCGCAACUACCGCCGUGGACGACGAAGCGCCGGGGAAGGACGAGGAGUCUAGAAACCGGCGCGAUUCAUCAGCUUCAAAUGGUGAAGAAAAGCAGGCGGGAGAAGGAGCUGAGGGAGCUGCUGUAAGAAUAGCAAAUGAGGAUGUUGACGUGGUGAAAAAGAGCACAUCUUGUUCCCCUGAUGAAACAGGUGAGGAACUACAAGAAGAUGCAGUCAUGGAGACGGCAGAAGCUGCGAGCGAGAUCGAAAUCGAUGAAGAAGGCGACCGGAACAUGUCUCCCCGUGGGACGAGUCUUGGAGAAGUACAAGCGUCUUCAAAAAUAUGGUCUGAAGACGACGCAGCUGCAGGAGGAGCGCAACUGCAAAAUAACCCUGAUCAUGAGCUGCCCAACAUGGACGUCGAUUCGGAACAUCAGGAGAGAGCGCCCACGACCCCUGACGGUAGAUCAAGACAGCUGGACACCACCACCGCCACCACUUCCAGCGUCAGCUCCGACUCUUCCGAUUCCAUCAGAGCCACGCUUUCGUCUACUACUGAUGUUGAACAAAUCGAGCGCAAGCGAAAUCCUCGUGGUGAGCACCAUCAAGUGCGGGCAAUUGAAGUUGAACAGACCUCGACUCUGACGAUCGACUUGCUCCCGCGAGCACAGUUGGGCUAUUUCUUCGUCGAGGAAUGGCAGCAGGAGAAGGACCAAGUUCAACUGUUGAAGCAGCUGUGGCAACAGCGGCGAAGCGAGCAGCUGCAGGCCUGUGUCGGGUAUUUCGAGGAGGGAGAAGAGGAGGACCUGGUAUUAAAAAAGCAACGACACCAGCAAGUUCUAGACGGCCGCAGCGAGCAGCAGCAUCCCGCAUCAGUGUACGCAUUCGCAUCUUUCCGUGAACAGCAAGACACAACAUCACGUUCCGGAAGCCGAGGUUCACCGCAGCUGCUGCACCAUCACUUGCAGCGUGACAUGGUGGGGGACGACGAAUUGAAAUUGCUGCAGGAGCAGUUGCGAAACGAGAAGGCAGCUGGUGGUGGUGCUCCUGGUGGAGCAAACGACGCUGACGACGGGUCCUUUCAGGAUGGUGAAUUCGAGCUGGUGGUCCAGAAAGUGUUUGCGAUGCCCCGGCGCUCCGGUGGAGAGGUUGACCCGACCGGACUGCUUGAGGCCGCGCCAAGCCCACUGUCGAGGCUCGCAGCGAAUGUGGCACAGAAUGUCGAGGACCGUCUUGGACCCACACCGACACGGGUACUUAUAAAUUUGGGAAUUCAACAAUUUUUUCUCGAUGGUCGACAUGCUGAACCUAAGCCUAGCUGAUACCUGUUGCGUAGUCAUUGUGAUGAAACAAGGAGGAUCUUCGAAGCAGUUGUCAUGGCGGCCAUGGGCCGUUAUAGAAGAAAAGCCCGUAGUACUAGCACUUACUACAGUUUCGACUUUGAUGCCUUUGCUACUGGAGAGAGACCACGAGAUUGAUAAAAAAAAAUGAUGUCUUCGGGGUGCAGAUCAGCAGUUCCUUUGGAUAGUAUUUGCGCAAUCAUCAUGAUCAUCACAGGUCCUUUCCACCGUCCCCAAACUGGCCGCGCGCAUGGCGAUCCCGCUCGCAAAAUCGACCCUGCCUGUUGCGGUGAACGUCCUCUUACCCGCCCUGGAUGAAAUUCAGAAGCAGAUCCCGGAGGAACACCGUAUGAACUGCAAAAGUAUCGUACUCGUAUGAAUGCAUUACAAAUUUCCUCAGCAUGAGAAAUAAAACCUGUAGUGCGAAUUUACCUGCAGGAAAAGAUUCGUAAUGCAUAGCUGCAAUACAACGAGUACGAUAUUUUUGCACAGGAUACACCGGCAGCGGCUGCAACAAACCGCACGGGCGGUGUCAGAGACGGUGGAGCACUCGGUCAUUCCCGCGCUUCAUACUACCGUGGCGACCGCCCAGGAACUCCGCGCGCAGGUCCGGCAGGACGGCUACAAGAGCACAAUGAAGACGCUGCUGAAGAAGGGCAGGGACCGAUUGGAGGCGGACGUGGUGCCUUACGUAAUAAUAUGAACUGCAAACGUAUCGUACUCGUAGUAUUGCAACACAAAUUACCUCAGCAUGACAAAGAGAAUUUGUCAUGUUGAUUUAGCUAAAAAAUGAAAUUAGUCUUGCAUGACUGCGAUUAGUACGUGUACGAUGCUUUUGCACAGUAUAAAUAAACACGGUGACCGGGCACCACCCGCCGGUGACAAUUUACGAACACGAGCAAGACGACCCGGAGAACCAAUUCAAAGUUGUAUCGCGAGGAAAAAUGCACCCACCGCCAAAGUUGCAAAAUUUGUGAUGCAAAGUCUCCAAAUGGAAACUUUUUGUCAUGCAUGAAAGGAGUAUGAAUCUUUCCGAUGCAGAGUCUAGGCGUGUAUCGCAUCGCUUGCAUGACAAGUGCCGCGCUUAGUGGGAUCUCUUGCAAUGCAAAUUUUUGCUAUUCACCAUCGGAAAUCUGUGAUGCUGAUAGAUGCAACAGGGCGAAUGUUUCACUUGGAAAGGUUUGCAAUAGAUAGAGAUACUUACAAAUGCUCCCAAGUUCGGGGGUGGGGGCAUUUUUCAUCGUAAUAAGUUUCGGUGGAAAUGAACGAGUGUUGUGCUAGCAGCCCGGCGUCGGCUUUUGCCUGCUCCAUGGACACGACUAAUUCCAGUAAUUUUUCGCCUGCAUGUAGUUCCAGCGGUGCUCCUUCGCGGGCGGGGUCUAAGAAAUCCUCGUGGUCUGGUGCAGUAGCCGCAACUUCGGAUUGCGGUGUGCAGGUAUCGUCUAUCUGUGAAGAGGACCGCAUUGGUGGAGGAGAGCAUUUUCUGCGUCCUCCCACGACAGCACACACAUUGACGGCGGAAGCCAUUUCGAAAAACCGAUGCAGCUAUUACGGCGGCGCAAGUAGCUCCACUUCCGGAGCAGGGCAGCCGCGGCAGCGCGAAGAUGUUGUUCCAGCUGCUCCUUUCCCCUACAAUUACACAACGGAAGCGAGCGAAGCGGCAGAAAGGGCAGCUUCUGUCAGCGCAGGAUCAGUAGCAGGAGAGCAGCUGUAUGCUAGUACCCCUGACAAUUCUGAUGAGGCAUCUAGUACGUCGGGGCCGCCGUUCAACAACUUUUAUCGUGGUGGUCCUAGUGCCUCUACAACUUCCCUGAUGCAACAAGAAGAAGAGCAAGCCCGGCCCUCGGACGAGUUCUUGCAAAAGAUUGUCGGUGCCGCAGAGCAGGAGUCUUACACGCAAGUUGGACGACCUCGCGCCAUGUCUGACGUCUCGACUUGCUGUUCCGCUGCGGGAGCCGGGGCGGGAGGAGCUGGUGCAAUGAUUGCACCCAAUCCGCUUAGCCGCACGACCAGCGUGAUUUCCGGAAGUAGCACAGCAGGAGCAGGGGGAACGUCGACUAUCCUUCCUGGAGGUGGCAACCCGAGGACGCCGAGCCUGGGCGGUGGUAGCACGCCGUCUAAUUCGCCACCCAGUUCCCCUGCGAUUCCACCGUUUCUACUCGGCGGUGGGGGAGGCGCUUCUUCUGUCACGCCGAUUAAUUCACCCGGGCUGGUGGGAGGUCCCGCGGCAGGUGCAGGUGGUAGAAAUACUGAUGCUUGUGUGAAUAAUAUUGUCCGUGGAGGAAGUUGUAGUUCGCAGACCACGAAGAUUACGUUGAAACAGGCAUACAAAAACGACUAUAUAUUAAGCGAUAAAAAUAUGAAUAAAACAGCAUCUGUCGUGUCGGCAAGAACCUCGCCAGGUGGAGUCUCAGCGAUCUUCCCGCCGCCUGGUGCACUCUCCCCGCCGUUCUUGUUCAGCAGUACAGCCAAUUCGUCCCCCUUCCCUGGCGGCACGACGAAUUUGCAGCGCACUGUGAUCAAUGAAGAGAUGAAAUUGCAUCAACCAGGUCGUGCAGCUCUCAAGAAUGACGUCGGUCGAAGUACAACUAGACAACCGCACGGAGAAGUACCAGUAGACCAUGGGCUGCACCAGCAGCAGCUCCUGCAAGAAAAAUCCUCAGACCCUGAAGAUUUCAAGCUGCAGUUUACCCACGAGCAGCUGCGCGCCAUAAUCGUCGCUGAGGAGUGCGACACAGUGGAACUCGAGCUGGUGAAUGUCAAGCUAGCGGAGCUAGAAAAUGGCGCCGGCUACACGGCCUUGCUGGUGAACCCCCAGGGAUACAUCGUGAACGUCGAGAGUCGGGAGGAGUAGCGCGCAAGAGGAAAAUCUAAUUUUGUGGAAAGACGAGGACGAAAACACUCCGAACGGUGCGCCAGGACGAUCAUUUUGCUGCAUGUCAAGAACUACAUGGAGAUAGUACUGCACCUACUUUCGAGGAGUGGAAUUUUUCGGCGACCUUGUUUUGUCAUCGAGCGCAAAGGUCGGCUACUGAGUUGCUUUCGUUGCGGACCCGCAGAGACGGGAAAAACAAGUAAAAUGCUCAUUGUAGUUAUCUGAGAAUAAACAACUAGUCAAUUUGUCGUUUUUACCGUGCUAACGCUAUGCAGUUUUGAAGAUUCAUUUGUAUUUGUUUGCGUUUUUUCUUUUUGUACCAUGAGACGGCAAUGCCAAUGCCACUAUUUUCAUUUUGGUUCUUGUUUUUUCAGCGCUUAUUUCUAGUCUAUCCCUACGCUGCUUGAUACCGGCACUUCAAAAAUGCAUUUUCAAAGGCAAAAACUUUUCUCUUUUUCCGGUUCUGGUUUGAGAAUAAAGGCAAACACAAGAUAAAGUUUUGAUGUUUUAGUACCGAAUAGCAAUAGUCGAAGAUUGUUUUUCAGGUUCUUGAAAUCUCAAUCCUGAAUAAAAUGAACUACAAGUGAUUCAUUGGGCAGCUCUUCUAACUCGUUCGCGAAAGCUCUAUUUGUCGAAAAUACUAACUCCUACGCAUUUGCGCAUUGAAUGCAAUAAAAGCGUGUUCAAGUAGUGAAGUCAUAGGAAGAAAAAACAUCUUUCCCUUGUCCUCUUGGCAGUUGCAGUUCUUGCGCCAAGGCCGAGGCCGUGCAAGGGGUCGCUGUUGCAAAUUUCUCGAAAGGUACCUUCCCUGCUCUGGAGGAGACGGACCGGGAGGUGGUGUUCGUGCAUUCGGCAGAACAUCCG